AUGAGUAGCAACAUUUCAGAGUCACUCAACGCAGCAAUGAAAAAGGCUGUCGACUAUCCGAUUGUGUCAAUGGUUGAAUUCAUAAGGGCAAUGUUAAUGAGGUGGUUCUGGUGUAGGAGGACAUUAGCAAGUAAAACUAAGAGUAAGUGUACUCUGGAAAUAGAAGAAUUGCUUUUAGACCAUCUUAAAGAGUCAAAAGACUGCGGUGUCUUAUCUGUUAGUAACUGGAUUUACCAAGUUAACAAUGGCAAUGGUUGUGUCUUCAUUGUUGAUUUGGAGAGGAAAACUUGUAGUUUUAGGGUUUUUGAUGUCCUCAAAAUCCCUUGUUGUCAUGCGUUGUCUGCUUGUCGAGUUCAGGGAGUUGAUGAAUACUUACUUAUUGAUGUUUGUUACUUUGUUGGAGCAUGGAUGAAAAAGUAUGAAAGCCUUGUUAUGCCAGUCCCAAAUGAGAAGGAUUCAGACAUUCCGGAGGAGGUCGCUAAUGGUGAUGUAAAUCCUCCUAGAACAGUUUGGGGUUGUGGGAGGCCUAAGAAAGCUCGUAUUCCUUCCAAAGGAGAAGUCCACCGCAAAGAAAAAAAAAGUGACGAAAUGUGGAAGAUGUUUUGGGAGUGGGCACAACAGGAAGACAUGCUCUAUGCUUAUUUGAUUGCCUGA